AUGAAUGAAAAUAAAUCAUCUUCUUCAUCCUCUUCAUCCCCUUCUUUAUCACUAUCACCUCGAGGAGGAUUAUCAGAUUUAACAUUACUACAGAUUAUCAAUGAUUUAGAAUUCAAUCAAGAUAUCGUAUGUCUGUUGAUGACAUGUAAAGCAUAUUAUAGAGAAUUCAAGAAACAAUAUGCAAAGGUUAUUACUUUUAAAGGUAUUGAGUAUCCAAGUCCUGAUGAAAGGACAAUGAUCAGUUCUCGUAUGACACCAUUUAAAGAGAUCUACAAUGCAUCACUAAUGGCUAUUCAAACCAAAAAAGAUCACGAGAUCAACAAUCCACCACCACAAACAUGGAUAUCGCUCACAAAGACAUCAGUAGAUGCAAUGGAGAAGAUAAAUACAGUCAAAGAUCGAACCAAAUUGACAAGAAUCCAUUUGAAUGAAUUCACAGGUAACAUUAAGGAUGUUCUGCUCCCAUCUAUCGAUACACUGUCUAUCAAUAUCAAAUCGGUCCUUCCACGUUUUCCAACCAGAUCUCAAUGGACUUGUUUUACACUUACAUCAUUGUCAAUCUAUUCAGACAGUGUCCUCCCAUCCGAUCUCCAAUUCCCACCAACUCUGACAGAUUUAUGCAUCUCUUUUAAUUACAGAGAUCCAUUUACUCUUGAUAUGACCAACCUAGUCGAUCUCCGAACCCUAGAUGUUUCUUCUUCGUCAAUCACACUCAUCCCAGCCACCAAUAUUCGCUUUCCCAAUCCCAACACAUCACUCUCGAGUUUAACCUUUAAAGUCCCUUUUGACCGCUCGACCAUUACACAAUCGUUCCUUCCACCAAACCUCGAAGAACUUAACAUGGAUUACAAGUACUUGGGUGAAUAUAUCAAACCUCCACCACAUGUCAAAACGAUGAAUAUGAGCACAAACAUUGGCAUAGGUCAUGUCUAUUUCCCACUCGGUCUCUUGGAUGUAAAGUUGACUCUGAAUGGCAUGGCAACACUAGGACCGUGGACCUUUCCACAAGGAAUAGAGAUUGUCGAUAUUCCCAAUACCCAUAUCCCAGUAACACCAGAGUUUAUACCAGACUCUGUUAAAUACCUGUGUGCUGAUGUUUCAAACCCCGACACAGCAGUCUUUCCAAGUUGUUUAGAAACAUUUGUAACGUCGACCAGCCACGAUUCACCAUUCAACUAUCCACCCACUUUAAAAGAGUUGGAAUACCAAAAAGGUGAUUAUCCUCCACCAGUCAUCUAUUUACCGACAUCACUCGAAACAAUUACUUUGGAAAUUUUUGAUCCUCCUCAUUCACGAGUAUUUGCUCUUCCAACAACCAAAGUAAUCAACAAUGACAAUAGCCCACCAGAAGAGAAUCCUCCACAUUUCGUACUGCCAUACCGAGUCAAAAAGCUAGAGGCUUCAUUGCUAGGUGAACAUGAAACUGAUUUCAGUUUUAGAAUCGAUACAAUAAUCAAUUGCUCAAAUGUCGAACAUUUAUUUAUUGACAAUUUUGGAACGACUUUGGAUCUUUACAUUAGAAGAUUAGAGAAUGGUGAUGUAAUGAUAAACUCUGGUGGAAGAGCAUUUUUUGGUGGCGUUUAUAGACAACAACGUAGAAUGGACAAUACCAGCGUAGAGAAUAGAAGUUUUAGAGAUUUUCCUGCUCUCUAUUUAACCUUUAAAGAAAAAGGUGGUUAUGUUCAUGUAUACCCAAGUAAUAUUCCAAUAAAAUUAAAUAAUACAUUGUAA